UUGAAUAAUAAUUAAGUGAUCAAAAAAAAUAUGUCAAUCAAUAAUUUGUUGCGAUUGUCAUCCAAUUUAAGUCAAUUGUUUUGCGCCUUAAGAAGUGGUGGUGUGAUCGCCAUUGCCGGCAAAGAUGCAUCAGCGACGGUGUGUCGGCGACUGUCGAAAGUGGCCGUCGAAAAUGUGGUCAACUUGAAGGCCAAACCAAAAAACACAAUGACCGGCAAAACUCAUAUCAAUAUCGGUACCAUUGGUCACGUAGAUCACGGAAAAACAACACUAACUUCGGCCAUUACCAAACUUUGUGCCGAAAGAGGUCAUUCCCGAUUCAUGUCGUUCGAUUCCAUCGAUAAGGCGCCCGAAGAACAGCUCAGAGGUGUGACCAUCAAUGCCUCGCACGUGGAGUACGCGACCAAAAAUCGACACUACGCUCACACCGACUGUCCCGGACAUCGGGAUUACGUUAAGAAUAUGAUUUGCGGCACUUCACAGAUGGACGGCGCCAUUCUUGUGGUGGCCGGAAGUGAGGGACAAAUGCCACAAACCAGAGAACAUCUUAUGUUAAGUAAACAAAUCGGUGUCAAAAAGUUGGUCGUCUUUGUCAACAAAUGUGAUCUAAUCGAUGAUGAGAUGAAAGAAUUGGUAGAAAUGGAAGUGAGAGACCUGUUAAACAACUAUGGCUUCGAUGGCGAUAACACACCGUUUGUAUUUGGAUCAGCUCUGGCGGCUCUUAGCGGAGACAAAUCAGACGUCGGCGAAGAGUCUAUUAUCAAACUGUUGGAUACACUCGACUCAUACAUUACUCCUCCGGAAAGAGACACAAAAUCACCAUUUCUUAUGCCAAUUGAAUCAUCGGUUGUCAUCACUGGUAGAGGAACUGUUUGUAUUGGAACUGUUGAAAAGGGAACCAUAGCUCGUGGCGAACCCAUUGAUAUUUUGGGUUGGGAUGAGGUCAUCAAAAGUGCCGCAACCGAUAUACAUAUGUUUGGCCGAUCGAUAGCUAAUUGUGAGGCCGGAGAUCACGUCGGCAUUCUUUGUAGAGGAAUCAAGUCAUCGGGUAUUAAAAUAGAGAGAGGAAUGUACGCAACGAAGCCGUCGUCCAUCAAUUUGAACAAUCGAUUUGAGGUUAAUCUCUAUUUGAUACCGAAAGGAGAGGGCGGACGAGAUAAACCUAUUUCUACAAAAUUUAUACAACAAAUAUUUAGCCGAACGUGGAGUGGCGGCGCCCGUAUUGAUGUUCCCGAUGAAUCGGGCGGUAUACUGAUGCCCGGCGAUCACGGCAAAGUUCAUAUGACACUACAGUACGGUAUGUUUAUGAACAUUGGCCAGUCGUUUACAUUGCGUGAACACCAGCACACUAUUGCAUCGGGAAUUAUCACCGGAUUCCUGGACAGUAUACCAGUGCCCGAUAAUCUUGGUCUUUUGGAUCUGCCAUAUGGAGUACAAACGGCCAACAAAUCAGAUCAACAAAAGUGAUUUUUUGUUUAGUU